GCGUGCUCUGAAUGGAAAAGAAGGUACUCUCCCCAACAUCGCUCAACUUUGCAUCUACGAUUUCUGCAAAACUCGGUUUGUUUCUUUUCUAUUUUUCUUGUCUCUAAUGAUCUCAUAGAACUCAUAGAGAAGCCAGCCCGAAGAUUUCUCUUUUUUCACUCGCACGGUUUUACAUCUCUUGCGCUCUGCUUGCACUUUCACUUCACCUCAUACUUUCCUUAAGGUAGCCAAGCCUUUGAUACCCAAGCAUUUAUCUUUUCUGAACGUUUGGGAUUUUGUUUCGACGCCAAAAGGCAGCGAGGAUUCAGCCUUGAGUGGCCUUUGUCAAACGCGGCCAAGCGGCGGCGGCUAUGCACAUUUCUUCCCACGCAUAUUCUAGUCGCUGGGCCUUUGCUCAGCAGACCUGUCACAAAAGCGCAUGCUUUGAAGUAUAAUAAAGAUUCCCACAAGAAUUAUCUGUGCUCUUCUAAGCACGUGUGUCACCAAAUGGACGACAUCGAGGAUGAUCCCUAUUCCUGGGAUAUCGAUGUGGUUGUUAAUCGACUCUGCGCUCCUGGGGCCCCAUGGAGUCGAGAUCCUGCAUUCCUUGCCACACGCAUCCAGGAGGAGGAGUUUGAUGGCAAAACUCUAUUGACCUUCGAACAUGUGUGUUCGCGUCAAGAGUUGAUGGACUGUCUCGGCAUUAGGAUCGCCCGCCACAAAGCUGCCCUCGCAGAAGCUAUCGUUACUCUUCGUUCUAGGAGCAAAGGGUAUUGGGAAUGGCAAGCCGACUUCAGGCGAAAACAAUCCGGAUUCCCUGGCGAGGAAACCGAAGCCUCAACACAUGCCACGGAACAACGGCGAUCCUCCGAUCUUCCGAACGGUGAUCAUCAUAAAGAAAAGGAGACGCCUGUUUCCGUUUCUGAUACUAAUGGAACGAUUCCUCAUGCUGCAGGGAACCCAUUGCAGCAGGAAUUAGAUAGCCAAAACCACACACACACACACCAAGCACAUGACCAGCUUCAACUUGCAACGCAUUCUCGUCAGCCGCCCAUUCAUGAACCUCCUGACCAAAUCCCCGAGGUUGAUGAGAGGUCUAGUAAGCGCAGGCGGGUGGCGCCCAUGCUGUUGACAGAUAUACCAAGGAACGCCGACCCCGCUUUCCUCCCGACGGAAGCUGAUGUGCUUGACUACGCGACCACCAAGGCUGGGAUGAAGUUUGCAGACGAUAACUCUGCAGGCUUUCCGUGGGAUAAUGCACCCUCGUAUGCCUACCUAGGCAAGGGCAAGAUUUCAAGAGAGGACAUGCUGACGCCAGUCGGUAUGUUGAGCUCUCUCCUCAACGAGAGCGACGAUUCCUUUACUUCAUUCAGCAUCCAUACAAUUCCACCUGGAAGAAGACUCGCGGCAAACAAUAUUCUUAAGCGGCUUCUUACAGGCCGCUAUCGCAUACAUAUGCAUUCCUCUAGGUCGCCAAGUCAUCUUUCCAACGAGUCUGAUGAGAUCCUCGAACUCACCGACCUUGACAACGAACUGGACGCUGAGACAUUAAGGGAGAUAAAAGAAGAAGAGGCUGAAAACGAGAGGCUUGAUGCCCUUGACGACAAUCCCCAGCCUUAUCCCUUUGUCACUCCUGAGCGAAUCGCAGAGAUAUUAAACGAGGCCAUAACAGCUAUUGAGGAAAACUGGGCUGAGAAGAAGCUCCCAAAGUAUGAGCGGAAAGCUUAUAGUCUAUGGCAGAAAUCUCGCCGCCUUGGCAUUAAGGGCAUACAAAUCCAGAAUGCUUACAAAACGGCUAAGCAUCUCAUCGAACGACUCCAGAAACUCUGUCUCGAAAUCCAGAAGACGGACUCGGCCUCCGAGGCACAUUACCGAGAGGCAGCCAAGAGCCUUGAGCAAAGUUUAGAAGACAAGAAGUAUCAGGAGUGGUUGAUUAAGUUGCUUGAGUCGUCAAGGCCACCCCCAAAACCACAAACAGUGGCCCGUCCGAAACCACGCGCCGUACGGCAGCUGGACACCCUGGCCCUUAUGGAAGACGAGGUUCUCACUAGCUCUGAAGAGGAAGAUUUCGUCGUUCCUGACGACCACAUGGAUGUAAUUGAAAAUGGGUUGACGACUGAUCGGGAUUCAACACCUCCCCCUAUGAAGCAGGAAUGGGGGGAUUUCAAUACUGACUUCAUGGAUUUGACGCAGGACGACAUGGAUGAACCCCGAGGCUUGGGUUAUGACAUGACUAGUCCCAUCGAUUUGACUAGUCCUGCCAAGCAAGCGAACAGUCCCUUGAAUGGAGAUCGAGGAAACGCCGUCCCUCCCAGAAAGAAUCUUUCUGAAAGAGAAACUCUCGAUGCAGGCCCUUCUGAUGCAGCCAUUACCAAUGGAGAGAGCUUGACAACAGACGACCCUGCUAACGUCGAGAACAAACCACUUGAACCCGAUGUUGUCUGUUGCCAGGCUCCCAUUAACCAUGUCUCUAAAAAAGGUCAUGACGAAAACCAAAGCCGAGAGAUUCAGCCAGAAAAAACACAAUCUCCACGUCACGAUGGCGGCUUUCACCCCCCACCUAUUGAGAGCUUUGGCGAUCUUCAGCAGCUUGCAUCUCAACCGCUUAAAAAAUACGUCAAGCGCAACGAUCGCUGGCGAUUGUUGAUCGGUGAGAUGUGGCAUAUGGAACACGCCCGACGGAAGUCAGCAGUCGAUCUGAUAUUAUCAGAUCACCCCAAUAAUGUAUGGGAGGAGCAUAUCCAGCCAUAUCUAUUUGAACCCCUGGAAGAUCCCGAACAGCUACCACAGGGCAACGUAAAGGUGGUUCUUUUUGACGUUGUACGUCUUUGUCGCUGCUUCUUCGUGUGUCAGCACACAACAGAAGAACAAAUGCUUUCCUAUAAAAUGGGAAAGUUGAGAAAAACAUUGAACCAGGCACGAGUCAAAUUCUUCGAACCUCUCUGUCUGUUCGUAGCGGCUCUUACGCCUCACUUCCCCCAGGAUAGUCAAAUCUAUAGACAAGACACGGACAUUCUCGACGACCUAUUUCCAGAGGAACAGGAUGAGAUGGAUGACUUUGACGAUGUCGUCGAGGAAGGGCGUGCCGGGCGUCGAAGACCAAAAGAAAAAGAAAUCAUCCGUGACAAAGCAGCCGUGGAUCUUCGAGAACGCGAGAAUCAAAGGCUUAGGGAACAAGAGGCUCGCAGAAAGAAAUUGAGGGAGACCCUUGCGCUGGAUGGCUCGGUGUCACGGGAUGGGACUCGCCUCAUCAUAAACGAAAGCAAAGAAGAAGACCAAGGUCUUAUCUACAUCCAUGAGGACAUUGGUCGCCGAAUCAAGGAUCACCAAAUCGACGGCGUUCGCUUCAUAUGGAAUCAAAUUGUGCGAGACCCAAGUGUACGGCAAGGUUGUUUGCUAGCCCACACAAUGGGACUCGGCAAAACUAUGCAAGUCAUCACUGUCCUCGUCGCUUUGGCAGAGGCAGCACAAUCUAAAGAUCCAUCUGUAGUGGCUCAAAUACCCGAAGAUCUGAGGGAACCACGGAUUCUGGUUCUUUGCCCAGCUGCCUUGGUAGACAACUGGAUAGAUGAGCUCCUCAAAUGGGCACCAGCGGAUUUACUGGGCGAGCUACGCAAGGUCUCAUCUAAUACACCGGUCGAGGAAAGGGCUGCGGUGGUGUCGUCAUGGGCUUCUGGCAGAGGCGUCCUUACACUUGGCUACGAAAUGUUCAAAAAGAUUAUGAACAUGUCAGAGGAGCUAGCAGAUCUUCUGACAAAUCGUCCGGACGUGGUCAUCGCCGAUGAGGCGCAUAAGAUGAAGAAUCGGGAGUCACAAACUAACCUGGCUAGUUCGCGCUUCAGAACAAAGAGUCGCAUUGCACUCACAGGAUCACCACUGUCCAACAGUGUACUAGAGUAUUUUGCCAUGAUUGACUGGGUUGUCCCCAACUUUCUUGGCCCGUUCUCCGAGUUUAGCCACAUUUAUGCCUCUCCGGUCGAGCGAGGCCUCUAUAACGACAGCACACCAGCUGAAAAAAGGAGGGCACAAAUGAGGCUGAAGGCGCUUGAGCAACUUGUGGCACCGAAGAUCAAUCGCCACACGAUCGCUGCCCUAAAAAGCGACUUGCCACCAAAGCAGGAGUUCAUCAUAUUCGUGCCUCCAACGACACCUCAGAAGCAGUUGUACCAACUGUACAUCAGGGGUGUAGCAAGAGAAGGCACCGACUCGCAAGCUGAGACUUUUGCUGCCAUCAACCAUCUUGGAUUGAUUUGCAGCCACCCACGAUGCUUUGAAGCAAAGGUGAAAGCAAUUCAAAAGGGCAUCCGCUCAAACAGCGAUAAUGAAGACAAGUCCUUCCCCAAGUCUAUGAUUCCAGAGUUCUUGGAAACGUUGCAUUCUUUUAGGGACUUGGACACGCCAACGCUUUCAUUAAAAACAGAACUGCUGACAAUCAUACUCGACGAGGCGCGUCAAGUUAAGGACAAGGUGCUCAUUUUCAGCCAGUCCUUACACACAUUAGAUUAUAUCGAAAACAUGUGCAGAAUGCAGAGGAGGACAGUUUCUCGCCUAGAUGGCAGCACACCAGUUCCGAGUCGACAAAGGCAGACAAAAGACUUCAAUGAGGGUAGCAAAGAGGUGUUUUUGAUAUCUACAACUGCUGGUGGUGUAGGACUCAACAUUCAGGGGGCUAACAGGGUUGUCAUUUUUGACGUCAGAUAUAACCCAUCAGAUGAGCAACAAGCGGUGGGCCGAGCGUAUCGUAUCGGCCAGCAAAAGCCUGUAUUCGUCUACCGUUUCAUGGUCGCAGGAACUUUCGAAGAUAAUCUUCACAACAGACAGGUUUUCAAAAUGCAGCUGGCAUCGCGAGUCGUUGACAAGAAGAAUCCCAUCAGCUGGUCAAAGCGCAAAGGCGACGUAGUGUCGGUGAUCAGACAUUGUCCGCCAAGCGAUCUCACCCCUUAUUUGGGCAAGGACAGAAUUCUGGACAAACUUAUAAAUCAUCGCGAGAACGGCGAGAGUAUCCGAUCCAUUGUGACAACGGACACUUUCGAAGAGGAAGAUCUUGGCGCGGCGCUUACUGAAGAUGAGAAGAAGCAAGUAGCCCAAAUGAUCGAACUGAAUCGUCUUCGAGAAACCAACCCAGAGGAGUAUUUGAGGGCGAAAGACCGAGUGGAUUUAAAGGAGCAGGCUAGGUUGCAUGGAGAACAGGGUGAGCUCCUUCGUGCGAGUUCGUUAUCUCAACAGUUUGUGCCUCGAUUAAUUGAUGAUACAUCGGAUAUGCUUCACCAUGCACGAUUUCCACCUCCAGCAACCGCUCCAGCAACCGCUCCAGCUCUUGGACAGGAUAUGUUAGGCGCCGGAAAACUAUCUCACGAAACGAGCUCACCUACAAACCGGCCUGUGUCCCAGCAACCUACGGCUUCUAGCCACGGCCCAGCACCAAUGCCAAUGGCUGGUGCGAACACCUUUUUCGGAAAGCAUAACCAUUCUGGGCCACUGAUUGAGCCGCACUCGACCCCGAUCAUUUCUGCACAGCCGCGCGCGAGUCCCAUCUUUAAGCAAGGUGGAGUCUUCAACGUAACUGAGAACCCUGCUAUGGUCGAGUUCGAGGGUUGUCUGCGGGAGAGCCUUCAAAAAAUGCAACAACGCAAUGUACUACAAACAGGAGGUGACCCUGGCGAGAUGGCCAAGUCUACAACCAUGCGUGUGAACGAGGUCCGUAGGAAGGGCCAGUAUGGGUUGCUCCCUGACACAAAGCAUUGGAGGGUACUCAUUAGGCUUCUAUCGCACCAAAAAUGGGUGAUUGCAAUUGCCACAGGCUUCAUAGCGCCAGAAUACUUGGCUCAAGCCGAAGAGAAAGACCUCGAAAAGCGACUCGAGGCCAUCAAUGCACUCACAGAAACGGAGAUCGCUGCUCGGGCACUUGAGAAGACUAGUUCUCCCGACCCAAAUGUAUGAUGCUCAUCAAACCCAGCUCUGGACAACCCUCUUUUUCUCUCACUCUCUAACUUCCUCUUCCCCCCCUAUUUUUUCUGCGCAACUUCACUAAUUUGUUAUUUCAAAGAAUUUGCAGAAUAUCAGGCGUCGAAGCUCGCACCAGGGUGAGAAGCGAUCCCGGGCUACGGAUGAUAUGAAAAUAAUGCGGGAAGCGGCGGACAAUAGGAGAAACCGAGUAUUCCGUCUACCGCCAUGGGCAAAUGAGGCCCUUUUUGAAGAGAAAACCCGAACAUCACCUGCAAUGGGCACUCGAGAAGGGCAGUUUGGUUUCAGGGAUGUUACGCCUGGUCUCUAACUUAAGAGAUCUUACAAGUAUCGUUCGUUUCGAUUGAGGAUUGGAGUUCAUGGGAUCAUGCAGAUGGGAAUGAUGAAAGUACGGUGUCCAUACGGGAAGAUAAGUUUCGAUGGCGUUUACGGUAUGGCAUAGCAUUGAGCCAGAUGAUACCCUUUUUGAGGACGCGUUAAUAUGCAGAUUUGUUUAGAGAGAGGCGAAUGGGUCCAAUUGUCAAGCCCAUAUUUAGUCCCCCUGCGGGAAUCUAUCAAUAAUAAACUUCGCGCAGCAAGCAAUCCCUGAGUCUUGAAGUUGGAAACCAGAUGGUUUGCAUUUUAGGUAGAGAGAUAUGUAUUUUGCAAGCAUUUCUUUCCGCUGCCAUGUUUGAACGCAUCGAUGUAUUCUGUUGACGUUGCCUCAAGAGUUCCGACCGACUCGAUUCGACAUAUCAGAAUCGCCAUCCGAACAGUUUGGUGAAGCAUUAAUUAUGUUCGCAGCAUAUUUUCAGCCAUAAAGAAGGAUUCUCUUCUUAUUGAAGUUACAAAGAAUUAUAGUCCACGAUAGACUUCGGCAAUUAUGCCCUAAUAUGUUCAACAAGCAAAGUCUUGCUUUAUAGUGCGUUUAAUGAGUACGUGCAAAACCAACGGUUUCGGGGAUAGACGAAAAUGUCUUAGCAUAGUUUUCCACCACUCUACAUCCAUAAUCAUACUUGGGAGGAAGAAGACGGAACAAGUUAAUGGUU